AUGGUGAACGGCACCACCGCGGUGUUGGAGCCUACGUUCUCUGGGUAUGUCGCGACCACGCAGGAUGCCCUGAUUCUGUUCGAGGCCUGCUUGACCGGUGUUCUGCAUCAUGUCCCCGUCGGCCGCACGACCGGGAACGGAAACUCCUCCGGCAUUAAGCGCUGGACCGACGGUGUUACAUGGAGCCCGAGUCGCAUUCUGGGCAACUUUUUGGUCUAUCGCGAACUGGACAAGCCCUUCCCGCCCGGCGAGAAGAAACGCGCCAUGAAGAAAGGUAACCGUCGCCCGGCGCCGGCAACACGGCCGGGCGAGCCGUAUCCUCGUCCUGACAGCAAUGGGCAAGGCUACUCCCCCACAUCACCCACCGGCGCUUUUGGAGAGCGGCCGCAUCAAUCCGAAGUCGAGCGUGCCUUGGUUGGGUCGCUGGUCGAUUCCUAUGGCUUCAAGGACUCCGGCUUGGUCAAGAAGACGAUGAGCGUGACCGUCAUGGGCGUAACCCACCACUUGGUCUCGUACUACAGCGUGGAAGAUGUGAUGCGCGGCGUAUUGAAUCCUCCGUCAAUGGUCGAGUCAUUGCGCUAUAUCCGACCUCGCGUGGAUCUCACCCAGAAACAGAGCUUCCGGGCUCCCAUCGACGACUUGGAGUCGAAUGCGCUGGAAAGCGCGGCCCACGACCCAUCGCACGCUGCACUCUACGGAUAUCGCCCGCAGAUGAUGGCGCCGCCGGCCUACGGGAUGCCCAACCCUACUCAGGACUUCUACAUGCACGCCACGCCCUACACGGCCCCGCACGCUCCCCCUUCCGGUCCCAUCCAAGGCUACUCCAUGGCCGGCUCCAUGCCGGGCCUACCGGCCCCAAAUCCUUAUCUCCCCUCACCCGCGGCGAGCAGCUUGCCCAAGCAAGAAGACUACCACGCAUUCCGGGCCGGUCCCUACGGUGGCAGCAUGGAUUCGAUGAGCCACAGUGCCCUUUCAUCAUCCAUUCCCAGCGGCAUCAAUACGGCCAUCCCCAGCUCGCUGAGCGACCGAAACCGAUCUACGUCCGAACACAGCCCCUCGGCCUAUCGCAACUCUUCCAUCUCAUCACGGAGCGUCGCCACCGACGCUACUUCCCCCAUGGAUCCCUCAACCCCCGCCACCUACUCCCGUGGAAGCUUUAGCCUGUCCGGUCAGCUAGAUGCCAACACAGCAAACACCUCUCUCAAAUCCCGUGGCCUCGGCCCACUGGACCCCAGCGUGCCUCGGCGCGAAUCAAACCCUGUUCAUCCUUCUUACUAUGCCCCUCACGACCGCCCUCAGUACUAUGUUAAUCCCGCACCACCCGUGAACCACCCGCACUAUGCUGGGACGCAACCGUUAACUACAUGGACCACCACCGCGGCAUCUCAGUCCCAGAUCUAA